GCCACACAUUUAUUUAAGGAACCUACCGGUGCACAUUGCUGAAGGAAAGGACCGAGUUAGUUUUGCAUGAAUGACAUUUGAUGUCAAACGGAGCGGGUGGUGACAUGCUUACAGGAAUCUGCGUCUUCACGAAGCGUCAUCCCGGACUCAAAUAGGACUUGCUGCAGAAGAUAAAGAUCUCGUGUUAUUUCCAGUCAGCGGAACAGUGGAUCUGAUGGACCAGGUGUCCCGGUCAGUGGUGGGUAGUGAUGUCACAGACGAGACAGCCUCCAUGGGGGAGUACAGGUGGAGCUCUGAGGAUCAUGAGGGCCAGUGUCUGGUCACCCUGCCUGCCCUGCCUGCCCCCACUUACAAACAGAGGGUUGAGGAGUUCAAGAAGUUGUUCAAAGAACUGCCCGAGUCAGAGAGACUCAUCAUGGACUACACCUGUGCCCUCCAGAGAGACAUCCUACUGCAGGGACGCCUCUACCUGUCGGAGAACUGGCUCUGUUUCUAUAGCAAUGUGUUUUGGGGGACAAAGAUAGCCUUGACUCUGAGGGACAUCAAGGCCAUGUACAGAGAGAAGACAGCAAGGCUGAUCCCAAAUGCCAUUCAGAUCUGCACAGACUCAGAGAAGUUGUUCUUCACUUCCUUCUCGGCCAGAGAGAAGAGUUACCAGGGAGUGUUCCGGAUGUGGCAGAACACGCUGAUGGACAAGCCACUGACUAGUUUGGAGCUGUGGCAGAUGGUCAAGCAGCACUAUGGUAAUGACCUGGGCCUGAGCCAUGAAGAAAUGGAGAGUCUACAGGGAUCAGCAGAAUCAACCAUGCAGACACACACCAGCCUGACCAUGAGGCCUAAUGGAGAAGACUCUGGGAGGCUGGAGAGGCCGUCUACUCUGCGCCUCCAGCCAGGGGAUCAGGGCUCCUUUGAGCCCACCACGCCCCAGGGAGAGGACCUAACCUCACCCCUCGGACAGAGCAACGCCAACUCCAGGAACGUGGAUGAUGCUCGGAGCACCUCGUCUCAGUGCACUCCUGAACCAUCCCUGGACCGCUCUGCCCCGGAGCGGGUCUCCAAGUGCUCAGAGCUCUCUCUGGACCUCAACACUAACCUGGACCACUUCUCUGAACAGAGCGGCUCAGAGAGCGCAGAGGACGAGGAGAGAGUGUCUCUCUCCCAGCAGCAGGGCAGGCUCUAUGUGAACAGGGUCUUCAACAUCAGCGCAGAGAAGAUGUUUGAGCUGCUCUUUACCGACUCCCACUUCAUACGAAGAUUCAUGAAUGCCAGGAAGAUCACCAAUGCCAUCUUUGCCCCCUGGCAGAGUGAAGCGUCAGGCUCCAUGAAGAGGAGUCUCAACUACACCAUCACCAUCACCAACCCUCUGGUGGGCAAGUUCUCCACCGCCACAGAGAACCAGAUCCUGUACAAGGAGUCCAGGGAGGGUCAGUAUUACCUCAUCGACGCAGAAGUCUACACACACGACGUCCCAUACCACGACUACUUCUACACUCAGAACCGCUACUGUAUCAUCCGCCACUCCAAACACAAGUGUCGACUCAGGGUGUACACUGAUGUGAAGUAUAAGAAGCAGCCGUGGGGACUGGUCAAGUCCUUCAUCACCAAGAACUCCUGGAGCGGCCUGGAGGACUACUUCAGACACCUGGAAUCGGAGCUGAUGGAAGAGGAGGCGGAGCUGAACCAGGGAGGCGGAGACCCCGGUAAGACGAUUGGCGGGCUGCGUCACCGGCGGAGGAGGACGUUCAGUCGGACACUACAGGAGCACCUGAAGCCCAGCAACCAGUACGGGGUCGACUUGGACCCUCACAGAGAGGGCAACACGGAUCCCAUGGAUAUGAAGGGUCCACAUCAAUGGAACAUCUCUACCAUCGUAGCUGGGAUGAGCGUCAUUCUGCUGAUCCUAACAGUGCUGAACCUGGGGCUGUUCUUUAAGCUGUGGGCCAUGGAGGACGUGGCCACCCGCAUGUACCUGAGCACCAAGAACCGCCUCCGGGAGAGGACAGAGAGCAGAUUUGCACCUGACUUUAGCCCUGGACCGGCCCCUCCACACAGGACCAGAGAGGAGACUCUGCUACUGGAAGCUGUGCUGCAGGACUCCAUUAACCUACUGGAGCAGCUCCGCUGCUCUCUGUUGGCGCUUCAGCAGAACUUUGUAACCAAUAGGACAGCAACGCCUCAGUGACGCCGUCACACCUGGUGACCUCACUACGCCCUAUGAACCCUGGGGUCGUAAAGGCUACAGGGAUGCGCCUCUGAGGACUCACUCUCCCAAGCAGGGGUGUUGCUGUAGGGACUACCCAUGCACAGACUACUUGUUACUAAGAGCAACAACAGUACAAGUCCCAGGGCCUUUGAUAGUGUGUUCCCAGGUGGAUGGAUGUUUUUUUAAGUUCAACUGUUGACCCUGCGUUGUGGAGGAAGAGAAUGGUUCCCAACCAUCACCAACACUGGGAGUCGACUAGUGGACUUGGGUUUGUGUGAGGUUCUAUUUUCAGUUUGGUUUGGGAGUACUUUAUUCUUCCUUAAUGUUGGUUCUGGGGUUACUGUGAUUAAGAUAGAAGUUCUUCUGGACUACGGUAUGUGCCUUGCAGUCCCAGCAUGCAUCACUGCGUACCCCUUCCAUUGCCAAGCUAAUCACAGCAGAUGAGAGCCAAUGGUGUGAUAGAAAUAAAUGCCAAUGUAAGAAAUCCAUGUAAGAUUUUUACUUUUUGCACAGCUGCCUUGUGUACUUUAAAAAAAUGUUUUAAGAUUUAUUUAGAAUAUAAAUAUUUGUUCAAUUAGAAAAUACUUUAUGAAUGUAAUUUAUUAAUAAUAUUUGGAUGGCCGUGGGUUUCUGCUCGUGUAAAUGUGAAUAAUUAUGCUUUUUUUGAUUGACAGAUUUUUUUUAAUGAAUCUUUGGAUGGUUUGUGGUUUUGCAGCUGGUUUGUAAAUAUACAGCAGAGCUCAAUAUCAGGGUUGUAUUUAGAAGAUUGCAACGUUCUGACCGCUGUAGAUAGAAAUGCCUUCUAUAAAGCUGUCAUGAAUCCUUAUUCUACAUGAUGGAGAAGCAUGUUUGUUCUACAUGAUAUAGUUAUAUCUAAACGUUCUGUAACGUUGCACCCCACUGAACACGCCCCCAGGUGAACUUUCUCAGGAAUAAUUGGUUAGAGCCAAAACAUGCAAAUAUUAAUACUGAUUGCAUUUUGUUAAUUCCGUUAAAGUCCUGAUGCCCAUUCCAUAUACAGUAAGCUAAAUUAAUAGGGUUAGUUACUGUUCUGUAAUUCAUAUUCCUUCUACAUGAUGGUAAAACAAACCCAUUCAGGAAGCCAUGUCACUCAAACACUUCACUGCUUUUGUGUACACCCACUAUAAGAAUGUGAGCACCACAAGUUUGGUCUGUGGAUUCUGAGUUGAAUCCACACUAGUGCCUUGUUAGCUUUGUUCUUAUUGUUGAUGACAAAUGUUAAUUUUCUCAAGCAAAUACCACUCAUUAUUGUGUGGUGGUAUAGCUUCAUAUUGUAUGUAAAACCCAUCCUUAUUGUUUCAUAAUUGCACAGGAAUCUUCUUCCAUAGUUUUGUUAGAUUUGUUUACAUUGCAUUAGUGUAAACCAUGGGAUGUGAAUAGUUUAAAGGGAACACACUGUAUAAUUUGUUUUCCACACUAACCAUAUAUGAAGUUGAAUUAUGUUGGCUAUUUUGCACAUUUGUUAGACAAAGAUGUAAUGUAUUGUUGCUUUGAAUAAAGAAACCACAUUUCUCAGCCA